CGCCCUCUGUCGGUCCGUGUACUCUGACAGGUUUAUCAAACAGGGGCAGAAAGCUCUUUCGGAACUCUGCAGCCGCAGCGGCUCUGAUUAUUUCACCAUCGGGGUUCGGUCCAACAUGGCGGCUUACGGAUGGAAAUACUGAUGACAGUCCGAAAGAUCGCCUCGAUUUGUACGAUGGGCGCCAAUGCCUCUGCCUUGGAAAAGGAGAUUGGACCGGAACAGUUUCCCGUAAAUGAACACUACUUUGGCUUGGUUAAUUUUGGAAACACCUGCUACUGUAACUCGGUGCUGCAGGCUCUGUACUUCUGUCGACCGUUCAGGGAGAAGGUGCUGGCGUACAAGGUGCAGCCUCGCCGUAAAGAGUCCCUGCUCACCUGCUUGGCUGACCUGUUCAACAGCAUCGCCACACAGAAGAAGAAAGUCGGCGUUAUCCCGCCCAAGAAAUUCAUCUCACGGCUGAGAAAGGAAAAUGAGCUGUUUGACAACUACAUGCAGCAGGACGCCCACGAAUUCCUCAACUACCUUCUCAACACCAUCGCUGACCUUCUCCAGGAGGAGAAGAGCCAGGAGCGGCAGCAGAACGGAAAACUGGUUCAGAAUGGAGGUGGAGGAGUGGGCGGAGGAGGAGGGGGAGUAGGAGGAGGCAGUAGCGAAUCAGGAGGAGGAGGUGGAGAAGUGGAAGGAGGGAAGGAGACGCAGCAGACCUGGGUGCACGAGAUCUUCCAAGGAACGCUGACCAACGAGACGCGCUGCCUCAACUGUGAAGCUGUGAGCAGCAAAGACGAGGACUUCCUGGAUCUGUCUGUGGAUGUGGAGCAGAACACGUCGAUCACGCACUGUCUCAGGGGCUUCAGUAACACAGAGACGUUAUGCAGUGAAUACAAGUAUUAUUGCGAGCAGUGUCGCAGCAAACAGGAAGCCCAGAAAAGGAUGAGGGUAAAGAAGCUACCCAUGAUCCUCGCCCUCCACCUAAAGCGCUUUAAAUACAUGGACCAGCUGCACCGCUACACCAAACUGUCCUAUCGCGUUGUCUUCCCCCUGGAGCUCCGCCUCUUCAACACGUCUGGGGACGCAACCAACCCGGAUCGUUUGUACGACCUGGUGGCUGUCGUCGUGCACUGUGGCAGCGGUCCAAACCGCGGACACUACAUCACCAUCGUCAAGAGCCACGGCUUCUGGCUGCUGUUUGACGACGACAUCGUAGAGAAAAUUGACGCGCAGGCGAUCGAGGAGUUCUACGGUCUGACCUCGGACAUUUCCAAGAACUCUGAGUCAGGAUACAUCCUGUUCUACCAGUCGAGAGACUGAACCAAGGCGGUCGUAAGUCCCCAACAGACUGUCACUCAACAGAGGGGGGAGGGGCUUAUGGCAGCCACCUGCUCCGCCCUCACUUAAGUAUCCAGGCUAAUUUCCUGUAGGCGGAGCUACACUGGAGUGCCACUCGGGACGGGUUGAGAUGUGUGCGGCAGGUCUUGUUACAGCCUUCUGGAUUACCGUUCAAAUCCUCUGUGUCCACACUGCUGCAGCAGAGCACCUUAAAAAUAUAUUUUAAAAAAACAUCCACUAGAACCCCCCCACUCCCCCACCCCCGGCAGAUUCCACAACACUCGCUUUGCACUGUGGGCAGACUGACCAAUCCAAGAGGCUGACAUGUGGAGGACGAGCAGGAGAAGAUGAUGCGGCACAACCAGCUGUUUUGGAUGCAACUGGUGUCGGGGGGUUAAGGUCCGAGUCGGCCCUUUUUGUGGCUUGUUGCACUGACACGCAACUCCCCCAAAGAUUCCUUUAACGUCCCACCUGUCACAGCAAAACCACUGACACUACCUGUAGUGAGUGAACGGCUUGAAUGUGAGCGCGGCGCUUGGAUGAUAGUUUGCGGUGUUUUGUAUAGUGAAGUUUUGCCAAUCGCGUCCUGCGCAGUGUUACAGGCGAUGGUUGAAAUGGAAACCAGCCACCAGGGAGGUGCUGAUGGAGCUGAAAUGUUCCCCACACUCAUGAGUAAGGCUCUUUGUUUAAGGUUUAAAAUUCUUAACUACAAAAAUAAAGAGAAAAAAGUGAAACCUGUUGACCAAAAGUACAAUUUGCAGCUUAAAUAAUUUUUUUAAACAACUCUGUUUAAAGAAAAGAAUACUUUGCCACAUGUUAUAUUUUUUAAUCCAAUCCUUUGGAUCACCAACAGUCCUGGUCUAGAUUCCAGAGCGUCUAGAGUGUCUAAAGCCACUCGUGGUGCCACAGUGGGGGAGGGAAAAGAGCUCAAAGGAAGUAUUUCAACAGCAUAAGCUAAUUUUUAAAAUGCCAGCUUCUCAUGGUUUUGACAGCAAGCACACGCUCCUUUGCUCUCGAGGAUGUGUUGUUGUAACAUGUCUGACUUUUUUAAAGAUGCCACAAUAUGCACAUUUGUACUUUUUCUUUUUCUUUUUAAAGGGACGCACUAUGAGACUAGUGCUUUUUUUUUUUCCUUUAAGUCAGCUCUGAUAUCCACUUUACACACUACACGACACGCAGUGUCGAAGUUUGUCGAGUUUGUCUCAUGUGCUUAUGGAUGCCUCUCUGCGCACACACGCCUUUACCCUUCUACAGCUGGUUCAUCUCGCAGUUUCAGCCACGCCAAUUUUGACUCUGGCUUAAGUGUUUUUCGUGCAGCUGCAGCUCUGGCAGGCAGUCAGGUUUUUACAUAACACGUUUUCCACUCCAGAAUCGUAAAUUGCAGCCUUUGGUAACGCUGAGUGAUGCUAAAGGUCUGCGGAUGUGAUCCGCUGAUGCUCGGCUACACGGUUUAUUUUAUUGCAGUAAGACCGUCUCUUUCGCAUGUUUGUCUCGGCCGCUUUUAAAUGGCUUCCCCUCCUCAGCAUCAACAGCAGCUUCAGAUUUAGGGGCGAAGCAUCCUGGGAGAUGAGCUGCAUCGUGGUUAUCUUACUGUUUCUGAAAUGCUCAUUAAAUUGCAGCCUGGGCUAAAUUGAGUUACUUGAAUUUUAGCGCUACUCUGGGCAGCUGAUUGAAGCUAAUUAAUCAGCUGAGCGUUUAGUGAUUCCAGUAAGUAGUGCUUCAAGUGAUCACAUAUAACUGGAUAAUUUUGGGCAGGAUUUCUUCUUCCUUAGUUAAAAAAGAAAAAAGUAAAACUUGCAUAUGUAGGUAGGUUAGACAAAAAAUGAUUAACUGCAGUCUUCCUUUAGAGGGGUAAAAGUGGGUUACAUAGUAAAAUUCACGAAUAUAACCACGAUUUAUGUUUACUUUCUCUCUUCUAAUUUCAGAUGAUAUUACAGAUGAAUGUGUUUGUGUGGGUUCUCGGUGAUGUUGGUCUUCUCAGCUUUAAGGAAGAAACUGCACUUAUUCAUGUCUAAAAACAACAACUACUUCCAAAGGGUCGACCCCCCAUUAGGGGUUAGAAACCUGAGAGACACCGUUUGCAUUUAGAACUUUUUCAAGCUCUCUUUACUACAGAUUCAUCUUAAAACUGCUGACGGGCUCUGCUGCCGUCUUAGUGGUGCUGAAUUCCGAUUGGCAAGGCUUCAGUCACACAGGCCUACAGACAGGUCGGUGAUUAUCUGGUGACCAAAAGUUUAUCCUCCAACCAGUUGGCAAGUGGUUGCUUGCUUUUGCCAGAGUACUGCAUCCAAAACUUGUGGUCGCUUUAUCGAUAUUUGACUUUAAAGGUCUCGGGUUUCCAGUUUGCGUCACACAUUUUGCAGUUGCUGUCGAGUAUUUUGAGUCCUUUAUGCAAAUUACCGGUCACCAUGGCAACCUGCUAGCAACCAAAGAAAUCGCAAAGGGGCAUUCGGUUCAGCGCCGUAUACCUCUUUGGGACCAGCUCCAUGCUAGCUACUGAGAGCAAACAACUUGCCAGCCCAUCUAGGAACAUACAAUUUUCCCUAGCAACCAGUGGUUGCCAAAUGCCGCCAGCUGGUCUCUAGGGCUGUGUGUCCAGUACAGUCACAGCACACAGAAGUGGGGUUUUUUUUCGGGGUUUUUUUUCUUUCUUGUCCUUAAAAUGUCUGGAAGUCCAGCGUCACAUCUUCCAGUUGCUUCCAAAUAAAACUUUCAGAAUUUAAGAUUUUAAGGGUCACAACAUGUUUGACAUAUUUUCUUGCAUACCUGACUGCGUGUUUGAACUCAGGUCUUCAAAUUACUGCGUUUCUCUAGUAUGAUGAAGACCAAAUAUUUAAAGAUCUUAAACUUGCCAACUUUGAGAAACAGAAUUAAAACUUACAAACAGGGUUUGAUUGAGUUGAUCUGAGGAGAAGCAGAAGCCUUUUUAAAGCCUUGGUCUCGCUUUCCAGCUGUGGGUUAACCCUUUCCGCCUCCGUUAUUUUCUUAUUAAUUGCACAAACCAAAUAUAGUUACCUUUUUUUUUUUUUUUUACCCAAUUUUAGUUAUUUUGUUGUAUAGUUUACACUCCCGAGCUGAUAAGCCUCCAUGCUAUCACUCCUUCGUAACAGAGCUGCAGCAGAUGCAAAGCGGAUUUGG